UUUACAAUGUUUUAUGUUUAUCGGUGGUAUAGGGGUAAUUAGGAUUUUUUAAUUUGAAUCACAAUGGCUUCGUCUGCCAAGAGUUACCGGAUUCUGUCAUGUCUUAAAAUCCUUCUUGUCAUAUUUACUGUGUUGUUCUUAUGCACUGGGGUCGUCUUUCUGGCAACUGGAAUUUACGCUUUGAUGACGUUGAGCGAAUACAACAAACUGACACCCAUGGUUGACCUUUCGAUGACCCCUAUCGUCCUAUGCGCAAGUGGUGGAUUCAUUAUAAUAUCUGGGUUGUUUGGAUUUGUAUCGGCGUUCAAAAAUAAUAAAUGCAUGGUGAAUACGUAUGGCUGUUUGCUUGGUGUUAUUUUCCUUGUCGAAAUAGCUGGGGGGAUACUCUCAAUCAUAUAUAUCAACCAAAUACGAGAUUCGUUUGAAGUUGGGUUCCGACAAACCAUGCAAAACUAUUACAGUUCAAAUCAAGCAUUGAUGGAUAAAGCACAAAUAGACCUCCAGUGUUGCGGAGUGUAUUCCUACACAGAAUGGUUUAAUACUACAUGGCGAGAUAACACAGAGCAAUGUAACGGCAUCAUUACAAGAGCAAGAGGAGACAACUUCAGUUCCGUGCCCAGUAGUUGCUGUAAGAGCUCUCUCGCGUCGUCUAGCGGCAACGAAACAUUGUCCGAAAACAGAUCGCCGGACGGAGUUUGUUAUUGUGGCGAACAAGCGGAUAUUGUGAACAUUAACACGCAAGGAUGUGUAGCCGUAAUGUUCGGCAGCGAAGGACAGACUUUAUACUAUCUCAUAUCAGCUUGCUUUGGCCUUGCCGCCUUGCAAGUCAUCGGCAUUUGCCUUUCUCUUUGUAUCUACCAACAGCAGAGGCGAAUCAGAGCUUCAAGAAGGCAUUACUGAAACACUAAACCAGAUGUUAACAGCGCACACGGAAGAUCUUACAACAGCAACCACAGAAGACGAGCAGAUCGUUAUGGUUUACAUACAAAUUAUAUAUAAUACUAAUAACACUUCAGUUUGUUAUUUAACUAGUUUUACGUUGUUCAUGUUGUUGUUUAUGAUAUAUGGUCCCAUAGAAGUUUCGUUGUGUAUAGUAGUGUGGGGUAAGAUGAAUAUGGUUGGCAUAUAAUGUCCCAAAUUUCCUAAUCGUGUUUUAAACAAUUAACAACGCUAUUUUAAAGUCGAGAGGAUAUGGUUACAUAUUGCUUGCUGUAAAUAAUUUUCUGUAAAUAAAUUUAUUACCAAAUGAGACGAUAAAAUCGAAUGAAAAGAGGGCCAUCUUACCCCACCUGCCGUAUAAACACUUAUAGCCAACUGACCAACGUAACCAGCGAUGCAUGAAAUGCAAAGUGUAAAUAUUCAACGCAUUUGAAUGCGCAAUGCUUGCAGACAUACGUAGCUAUCUUGGUUGGAUCAUGUUUGCGAACGAUUGUAUUGUAACUGCGCACAUAUAGGACUGCGCAUGUGGUACUGCGCUCACUGCGUUGCGCACAUUAAAACAUUAUUAGCAUGUGCAAUCACGUGGUUGGAUGGAUUAUGAUAAGGGCAUUUUAGCUACAAAUUCAAUUUAUUGAAAACUAUAAAAAAAUUCCAACUGAGAUCUGAACUGCGUGUGUAUUUCCUAUAUGUGCGCAAUUACUAAACCGCUUUGUAUAUAACUUGUUAUUCCUUCGUAAAUACUUUGCCAUUGUUUUGGUACAAUCAUAUUUUCUGUACUGGUGUUUCUGUUGUUUUAACUUUACAUUUAAACUUGAUUUAAAAUAAAAUAAAUACAACUUAAUAUUAAA